AUGGCUGACACACAGGAGGAAGCAAGGUUGGCUGGCAACGCAGAGAACCAGCUUGCCUUGCGCGCCAGUGUUCGUGAGUUGGGCGAGCAACUGUCGCGCGCCUUCUCCGAUCAAUCGACAUGGGAUACCAUCUUGGACAUUGGCGAGCACGCGCUGGGCGUGAUCCAGGCAAACCUGGUGUCACUGGACGAGCAAGUGGCCAAGUUGUACGAGGUGGUUGCGGACGUGCUUGAGAAGCGAGAACAGUGGGUGGCGGCAGCAGAGAAGCUUGCAUCCAUCCCACUGGAGUCUGGUCAAGCCUCGUUCAGUGCCCAAUACAAGCUACACAUUUAUCUCCGCAUCGGCGCCCUCUUCCUCGAGGACAACGACCCAUACAGAGCCGAGUCGUACGUGUUGCGAGCGGCAGGGCUGGUCGGCUCCCUGAAUCUCACGGACAAGGCCGACCCAAACCUGCUCAAGUACAAGGUGCAGUGUGCGCGCAUCGACGAUGCCAAGCGGCGGUUCUCCGAGGCGGCGCAGCGGUACAUUGAGCUCGCGUACAUGAUCCCAGAUGACGAGGCGCGCAUGAUGGCCCUCAGCCAGGCCGUCAACUGCGCAGUCCUCUCCCCGCCAGGCACGUGGCUAUGA